AUCGUCUGGAGAGGAGUGCAGGGCAGGAUCCGUUGCUACCGGCUGUCAGCUGUCUCUUUCACCCCGAAGACACCGGAGGAGGAGGACUAAAAUGUGCACCAGCGUCCAGCCUGUUGAGUGGACCACCGACCUCAAGAACCAGAAUUUUGAUGGCAUCGUCUUAGUGACCCAGAGCCAUGACACGCUGCCCCCUGAGCUCGAGUGUCUGAAAGCUCCCCUGCAGGACUACAGCUCUGUGGACAGCGGUCUGGGGGAGGAGGUGGUGAUCCUCAAGGUCCACGGUCUCCCUGGUAACCGCCUGGUGUUUGCCUCCACCGGUCCCGUGAACCGCGACUAUGACGACGCCAGGCGCUUCAGUGAUGCGGCAGUCAACGGCAUCAAACGGGCCCUGAAAGCCGGCAUGCAGCGCCCCCUGCUGGUCUGCCCUCCACACAAGGAUUAUAAGAACAACACCUUGGUAGCUGCACUUGGAGCCCUUCAUGCUCUUUACAUGCCCCUUGAAGUGAGGGAGGGGAAGGUGAAAUCCAGUGACUACAAGGUGUGUGUUCUGGGGCUGUGGGCUGCACAUGAGGCUCAGGGAAAGAGGCUGGUGGAGCUGGCCGAGGCCCUGGAGAGCGGGAGACUGGCAUGUCGUGACAUCGGUGGCUCCGACCCAGAGCGUAUGGCCGCUCCUCGUGUGGCUGAGUACGUCCUGGAUCUCUUCAAGGACAGCCCUGUGCAGGUGGAAGUGCUGAGCGACCUGAAGGUUCUGGAGAAAGAGUAUCCCUGUCUGGCUGCAGUCAACCGCUGUGCCAGCAGUGUCCCUCGUCACCAGGCCAGAGUUAUCAAGCUGCAGUACUGUGGAGAGGGACCCAUCCAGAAGACACUCAUGCUGGUGGGAAAGGGUAUCACCUACGACACUGGAGGAGCUGACAUCAAGGCUGGUGGAGUCAUGGCUGGGAUGCACAGGGACAAGUGUGGAGCUGCUGCCGUUGCCGGCUUCUUCCAGACUUUAGCCAAGCUGAAGCCAAAACAUCUGAAGGUUGUUGGCUCGAUGGCCAUGGUGAGGAACAGUGUGGGAGCAGACUGCUACGUGGCAGAUGAGCUGGUGGUUUCCCGCGCUGGUCGUAGAGUGAGAGUGGGAAACACCGACGCAGAGGGACGUAUGGUGAUGGUCGACCUGCUCUGUGAGAUGAAGGAGAAGGCAGUAUGUGAGACUUCUCCUCAGCUGUUUACUAUCGCGACCCUGACUGGUCACGCCAUCAGAGCCAUGGGACCCAACUACUCUAUCAUCAUGGAUAAUGGACAGGCCCAUCGCAGUGAGAAUGCUGCUCAGUGGCAGAAAGCUGGAGAGGUGUUGGGCGAUUUGUUUGAGGUGUCCAGCAUCAGACGAGAGGACUACGAGUUCCACAAGGGCAAGUCUGAGUACGAGGACAUUCUGCAGUGCAACAACCUGCCUUCAUCAGCUACUCCACGAGGACAUCAAACCCCUGCAGCUUUCCUCAUCAUGGCCUCAGGGCUCGACAAGCAUGGUGUGGACUCAAACGCACCUCUGCCAUACUCCCACAUUGACAUCGCCGGGUCCAGCGGUCCUUUCCCCGGUGUCCCAACAGGAGCCCCUAUCGUCGCCAUGGCAACCAACUACAUCCUGUCUGAUGUUCUGUAAACGGAUACACCAAGCAUAAGAAGCAUACGAUCUCUGCACUCGAUCCCAACACAAAUUUGUAACCGUCCAAAUACAAACAAAAUUCCUGACACGUCAUUUAAUGCAACAUGUGCUGUUUUUCAUGUCUGACUUUCCCUAAUACCUCAAAUUUCUUCUCUUCAAGAAUGUUCUCUAUUUUCUAAGAUCUUGUGACAUUUGUUCUAUCUGCGCCAAGUGUCAAAUGACCCUGUUCUUAAGUGGCCUGAAUCCAUAUAAACUCAGGGGUUAAAAGGCAUGAAAAUGUCAUCCUUUUUUAUGUGCGUCUGUGAGUGUGCAACAAAUCGUGGACAUGGUUGUGGGAUUAAUGACAUUGUGUGCCAGUUUAACCAAGUACUACUCUCUGAUCAAUAAAACAAAUUAGAGCUCA